CUGUCUGUCCGCUGUGUGUGGAUGAGCAGCACUCUCCAGCAGCUCCUCCAGGAUGGGGGAAAACGACGACAGCGACAUCAUAGAGCAUCACGUCGAGGAGGAGAUGGAGAAGAAAGGUGCGAGGAGCUACGCAGCUUCCUCCUCCUUCCUGGAGAGCGUCAGUCCGUCCGAGAGAGAGGGCCACAGCAGCACCCAGUCCUCCCACAGACUGCUGGCCUACAGCGAUGCUCUCAUCUCCAUUAUCGCCACUGUCAUGAUUUUACCUGUUGCUCACACCAAAGUGGAAAAUAAUGAGGAAUUGAGGGAGAGUCUUCAGGGUCUACUCUCCACAAAGAUCGGCGUUUACUUGAUGACAUUCCUCAUUGUGACUGUUGCCUGGGCUGCUCAUAUCAGGUUGUUUCAAGUUGUUGUUCGUAUCGAUGACUGUCUCGCACUUCUGAACCUCGUAAGUAUAAAAAUUACUUAAAGUGUUUUCAAAACGACAGACCCUGUCGUUGCAGGGCGGUUUGCGUACGUUGUAAUCCCGUGUGUCUCGUUUCUGUAGUCGGUGAUUGUGUUGUACGCCUUCAGCCGCCCCUUCCUCCUGAAUGAGCAGAUCCAGAUCUCAGAGAACCAGACCUUCUACAAACACCACAUCCUCAAAGUCAUCAUGAAGGUUCCCAUCAUGUGCUUCUUCGCCAGCAUCUUCUCCUUCAUCUUCUUCCAGCUGUCUUACGUUCUCUUGGCCAUCGUCAUCUUCCUGCCUUACAUCUCCCAGUGUUUGAAGUGGUGUCGCAGCAAAGCCAUCGGUCAGGUGGAGGAAACUCCAGACUCCAUGUUGUUCUACACCUACCUGCCUAACGAACCCCUCAGCAAGGAGCGAGUGGAGGCUUUCAGCGACGGAGUUUAUGCCAUCGUAGCAACGCUUCUCAUCUUGGACAUAUGCGAGGACAACGUCCCAGAUCCCACAGUCGUGCAGAAGCAGUUUGGCGGCAGCCUGACGGCGGCUCUGCGGCUUUACGGCCCCGAGUACCUCGCCUACUUUGGUUCCUUCGCCACCGUCGGCCUUCUCUGGUUUGUCCAUCACUCACUCUUCCUCCACGUCACCAAGGCAACGCGCUUCAUGGGCCUGCUGAACACCUUCUCGCUGGCGUUCGUCGGAGGUUUACCGUUAGCCUACCAGCUAACGCACGAGUUCCCGCCCAACUCUCACAAUGAGCUGGAAGCCAUUCAGAUUAGCUGUGUGAUCAUUUUCUUCGCCGGUAUUUUUCAGCUCGCCAUUUGGGUGGUCGCUCUGUACAACGAACAGGAAACUCUGCACCCCUACGUGCGAUACGGUGGACGUGAGCACGUGCUUAUGCUGGCUAAGCUGGCUCUGUACCCCUGCGUAGCUUUGGGGACGUUUUUCCUCACGUGCAUUUUGAGUAAAUUUAGCGCCCCGAUUUUCCACCUGAUGGAGAUCACGGUGCCUUUUGCUUUUCUAGUGUUGAGGAUUUUGGUGCGUCUCGGGUUAGCGCUGCUGCGGCUACUUUUCUGUCCUGACAGGUCCGAUCGGAGGAUCGUCAUAGAGGAGGAAGCUGACGAAACAAGAGUGCCAUUUAAUGCUCUAGUUACAUAGGGGGUGUGGACAGGGAACUGAUGCUAACUGACAGAUCUGAGAGGCAAUGUUGCUGAAGGGCUUGGUCUGUGAAUGUGCUUAUAUUUGACCUCAUGAGGAGCCUGCUGGGCUUCACACCGGCAACAAAAUGGAAAGCAUUUAGACCGGUUCAAAUGUUGAGAGCAUCGGUGUAAAUGGGAUUAGAUAUAAACCAUGGAAGGAGAUUUAUUAGGGAAAUACUUAGUGGAGCAGAGCUGAUACUGACGGCCAGAGCCUAUUCGUUCAUUAUUUACUUUACAGUAACAUGAAGAGUACCAGUGCAGGUUUUAAUCAGCAGUUAAUCAAUGUGAUUCAGUCAUUGUGUUUUAGUUUUAUUACUUCAUGUGCAGAGCACGGUCCGUCCAGCCGCUAUCAGUUAACUGAGCCAGAAUAGCCUCUAAUCACCCAUCGAGGAUUUUCUGAGCAUGCUCAGACGCCCCCUGCAGGACAUCCAUGAGCUGAUGGUGUGGCAGGAGAAGUCUUUCUGUCAAACUGGUCUCCUUUAAGUCUUGAGUGUUGGCACUUUAAAAAUACUUCUAAUCAGGAGAGGCCAUAACUUUUCAAAUUGCACUAUAUUUCCAUCAUGUGUAUCUUAGUGUCUAAUAACCGCAGUAAUGUGUGACUUUUUUAAAUUGAUGUCGCUAUUGCAUCGUCCUUAUCAUGCACUGUGUAUACGUUACUUUGACUACAUGAUUAUUACGCCCCGAUUUACCAAAAAUAUGUGAAAAGCCAAGUUUUAAGGCGUCGCUGUAGCUUCCUGGGGUGUAACGAGGGUAUUUGCAGAGGCCCAUUAAAUAAACAUGUAAAUGUAGAACAUGUCAGAUUGUGCAUGUUUGAGGCUUGUUUUGUUUUUGCAUUAACACCAAGUUUUAUGAAAAACUGAAGAUUUGACAGAUAACAACAUUAACUGACCUAAACAAGUCAUUUUUUAAAUGGGGAGGGUGGUAACCUUUCUCCAGUAGGGGGCGCUGUUGUUAUUGAUGUACUGAAGCCACUUUAGUCCAGAUGUAUUGCUCCAUCAUGCUGAUAUUUUUUUGUUUGUUUGUUUUUUCGACUUACUCAAAGAAAACUAUGAUGCACUUUAACAGAAACCUUCCAGAGGACGCAGAAAAGUUUGUCUGUGUUUGCUUUGUCGUUCUGCUUUCAUAUCCCGGCUGCACUACAGUGCAUCGUUUUAGUUUCAAGGUAUUCAUAACUGAUCAUUUGUACUUGGAAGCAAGUUAAAUGCAGGAUAUCUUUCCGUUGUCUGGCUUCACGAACCCCGGCAGCCCCAAUCAGGCCAAGCAGUCACACGAAGGUUGUUAUCAACCUGAUAACAUGGCUAAUAGCAUGAUCACGUGGGCAGCAGUGACUGAUUCUUAUGUAGUGCACUACUACAAAAAUUUGAGGUGGUUAAACACAAAACAGACUGAAAGCACCGCGGCUGCUGAACCACCUGUGUAAUACUAAAACCCAGGUUUAGUCUCAAGUUACCUGGAUAAGCCAAAAUCCUGCUGUUGGUGUUGGUGGCUGUUAUUGGUAGAAGCAGCAAAGUUGUUAGUUUUGUCACUGUAUAACUUUCCCAUUUAUCCUGAUACUUCUCAUGGUGAAAAUAAAGAACACAAAAUGGCAUUAAGAUCGUUAUGUAUUACAACCCAGUUACAUUUUUAUUGUCUUUAUCUGCUCGGUGGUGUGUUUAAAGCUCAGAGUCGAUAGGAAACAUCUGACCAGCUCUUUAUGCUUACACGUGUGUUAGUAACGGCUCUAUCAGUGCAAACUCCACAUUUGUUCUUUCACUCUGUGCAAAAUCUCUCUUUUCCUAACUGUCAGGCUUUGUUUUGUGAAUAAAUCUGAAGUCGAUCCUUUAAUGUAAAAGUGAUUUGUCUUCUCAUGAUCAAAAACACGAAUCGGAAUAAAAACAUUUUAAAGAAAAAA